AUGACACCAGUAAUUGUUGUCUGUUUUAUUUUUUUGAUAAUCUACAGUAGUUUUACAUGGAUUCUCCCGAGAGGAUUAGCCUGGCUAGUAAAACGAAAGUACAAAAUUCACCUCCGAGUAGGUCACAUCAUUUUCCCUUAUUUGAUCCUCCGUGAUGUGACCAUCACCAAAAAUGGCUUCACCGUGCAAAUUGAAGAAAUUACAAUACGAAGUAGUUUACUUAGCAGCGAUGUCGCCAAGCUAUUUUCCGUUGUGAUGCACGACGUCAGAAUAAAUAAGGAUGUUCCUGUGACACCUGCGAUCAAAAAAGAAAAUUUUGACCUGACAUUAGAUUUUAGAAAUAAAACAGUUUCACCGAUAAUCAUCAAAUUCGUCCAAUUUAUGGCUGUGAAUAUAGAAAACGUGAGUCUGCUCGCUUUAGGAAAUGGAUGGCUAGUAAAUGGCAGCGCUGAAAGUUUAAGCUUAGACGGAAGCAUUGUUCAUGGAGCUCGAACACUCUUAGCUUCUGUUACAAUUACAGGAGGAUCAGUUAAACUUUUACAUCAUGCAUCAGAUGCUUGUUUAUCACAAGUAAGUUUUGCUGGAAGUGUUGAAGCGACUUUGAAAGCUCAAGGUGAACUUGCAGUAGAGAAAUUAUUUAUCGGUGUAACACAAACUGAAAGUUCUGGAGGUGCGGGAUUGAUGCAAUUUUUGCGCGACAGACAAUCUUUAUCACCACAACCACGACCUCGUAACAUACCAACUAAUGAAUAUUAUAAAAAUUUACUCUCAAGAAUUUCUCCGAUUUUACCAAAGAAUCUAACUUUAAAAGUGGGCAGCUCCUCAGUUCUAAUCGGCCGCGAUGACGGCGCAUUCAACGGACUAGAAGGAAUGAUGAAACAUUUCCACUUGAAUGCCAAGUUCCAACCCAACGGACCUCAGGUCCAUCUAGCAAUGAACUUAGAAGGCUUUUCAAUCAAAGCAAAAAUGCCAGUUGUGUCACUACGUUCCUUAUCAAUAGAAUGCAAAUUAAAAGAAGAUGUCCUAAGAGUAGAAACUUUACUAAACAAUCUUUACAUAACUUACGACUACCAAGACUGGGAAUUAAUCCUUGCAAAUCAGAACCAAGAAGUUUCAAAAUCAGAAGCAAGCAUUCCAGCUAAAAACAAAUUCCCGUGGCUAGAAAUCCAAACUACAGCAGAGCUUCACGAGGGUUUGAUGGUAGUGCGACUCCCAGAUGUCCCCGAAGCUUCCUGCAGUGUGACACAUAUUGACGUGUCUAUCAACAGAUACGCCAACAACGUCGAAGACUGGAAGAUAAAAUUAAUGAUGGAAUCACUGAAGUGUGCGUUAAAUGAAAGUGCUGCUCGUAAAAUGGAAGCUAGUCAUCAUUGGGGUAGUCCUCUUUCCGUAGGUGUUUUAGUUGCUACCAUCCACCCGAAUGCAAUUGGAAUUGCUCUGGAUGUUUUAAGAACCGAGUGGAGUCUCGAGUUUGCUAAAUUUCUCAAAGUAGGAAUUAAAUACUGGCAAGAACAUCACGGAGUUUUAACUGAGUCUAAAAUCCAAGAUUCUACUAAAAAUAAUUUACAAUUAAAUUUAAAAAUAUCUAAUUGCAAUUUCUUUUUUAUUGCCGAAAACGGACUUUCUGUAAUGACGCGCUUGGACUCAGCAAAUAUUGAAAAAAGCAAUAAAAGAAUUGUCGGAGUUGCCGAAGGCUUGUGUGCAAUACCACUGAACAAAAAUGAAACUAUAGUCUAUGAGCACUCACAGAUGCUAAAGCAUCCUUUUUUGUCUAUAAGAAAAUGCAAGGGAGCAUUAACUCCCAAGUCAAUAAGCAUAAGCUUGGAUAGCACUAGCAUUACAUGGAGUCCUAAUCUUCAUCUCCGGCUUCUUCAACUUUGGGUUGAGUCUUCAGAUUUUAGGAAAAAUUUAGGAGACUCGACGAAUUCAAUGAAGCAAUUUAAACCAAAACGUUCUUUUGAUUUAUUAAUUACAGGCGGUAUGACUUUAGCAAUAGACAUUUCACAGACUCACUUUGUUGAAUUGUCCUUUGACCAAUUAAGAAGCACGCAAAAUAAGUGUCAGAUAAAUUAUCUCAGAGGCGCGCUUAAUAUGGUUGAUAUUAUUACAAUAGAAGAAUUUGAGCUUGUAAAAUUAGAAGACAGUGAAGAAGUAAGACUUGAAAGGUUGAAUAAUGAAGGAUUUGAAUUAGAUUGGAAUGAAACCUGGUCUGUGACUAUUGAAUCAGCAAAAGCAACUUUUCCUUAUGAACAUUGUUUCACAGAAGCGAUUCAGAAUGAACUUAUGAGUGUUAGAAAGUGGCUGAAAGAAAUUCACUCGAGUAAAUUAUCUAAAGAAAAAUCUCUGCCUUGUGAUUUAGUUAUCAAAAUAAAAGAGUGGAUUUUUGAAGUAAGCGACGAUCCUUUUGAAGUUCGCCUAAGGGAUAAUUAUGAAUUAUUAGAAGAUGAGUACAAAGAGAGUUUAAAGCGGCAAGCAAUGCUUGAUGCUAAGGUACAAGAAUUAUGUCGUGCGCAUUUAUUGCUACCUCAGGGAAAAGUUGAGGAAUUAUACGCGAGUUUAAAUAAAAAAAACGCUGAAAUUUAUGUCCAAAGGUGGCGUCAAAUGCAACGAGCAGGUCCCUCGAGGACUAGAUUAUUCGCUUGGACUAUGCAAGACCUGGAAAUAAUCGCCCUAGCAGAUCCAACUAUUGAUGGAACUGAGAAGGCGACUAGGACAAUUAUUGAACUAGAUUCUGAGUCUCCCUGGCCGGAAGACGGGCUUGAAUUUAAUAUCCUCUGGGUCAGAGGAAUUGCUUUAAAAUGCGCGGAGUGGAAGUUACAACUGCGUGAUUUUCCGCAGCCUCUUCUUCUGGUUGAAGGAUUAAGUAUCUGGGGGAAGCUUGCUGGAGCAGAAGCUCUGGCUCCUUCUAGAGCACGAAGAACUGUUGGAAUAAAAAUCGGCGAACCCUGGAAUGAUAUUGUUGUUGAACGCGGAAUGACUUCUUUAAAAUACUACCAUGAUUUAAAUUGGGACAUUGAUAAAUUCAGAUACGCCUUUGGUCCUUGCUGGGAGCCUGUAAUUGCUCAGUGUAAUUUAAGCUUUGAAAAAAUACUCCAUCCUUCUCGAGAUCCGAGCCCACCUCUUCCUUUUUGGGAUAAAAUCCGCUUGAUAUAUCACGGGAGAAUAACUUUGUGUGUAAAACAACUUACAGUGUUGCUCCACGCAUCACUGGACCCUUACAACACUACCGAAGAAAUGGAACUAACUUGGUCGGGUCUGGAGCUUGAUUGGACGCUAGGAAAAAUAAUUGUAAAAGGUGACUUGGACGUUUAUGUCCGAACGGCUAGCAAGUAUGAUGAUUGUCGGCUUCUUCACUUACCUAGUGUCAAGCUUGGAAUUAAAUUAGUCUGGGUUUGUCUUGGAGAUUCUCGGGAUCAUCACGCAGCGAUUCCUUGCGCUCCUGACAGACUCCCAGAGUAUUCUAGCAACCAGGAGCACGAUUCAUUCCGAGCGUUUCGCUCCCAGAAUUUAAAUGUGAGCCUCGCUCUAGAAACAAAACCUCUAGGCUCUCCUACAUCAACCAGUGCUCCAACUGCAGUUUUAUACGGAAGCACUUUGCGUUGGUUUGAAAAUUUAAAGUUCAUCUUAUCAGGAGCGACUAGACCCACUCGUAAGGGUCGGCUGUUUAAAAACAUACGUCCUAGAAAAAAGCAGCUGAGCAGACACUACAGAAAAAUAAGACUCACUCUAGCUUUUCAUAGGUUCCAUGUCAGCUACUGGAUGUCCUUCGCGAUGCAAAGGGGCUUUGAAGUUACUGGAGGAAGAGUAGCUUGUUCUUCUGAGCACAAUUUAAACCUUCAUCCUAUAAAUGAUGGACUAAUUCACCGCCUAAGAGCAGAGUGGUCUGUUAUUUAUAUGAAUUGUGAAUUAAAUGACGCUGAAAUUUGGCUAAAAAGUGCCAUUCAAGCGGAUGAUGGAUUAACAUCCUUGCGCCAGCCUGUAGAAAAAUGCUACUGUCUAAGUGUUUCUCGGGUGAGUUACGGGAGAGAAGCUUUGGUUGCUGAGAUAAGUGGAGAUACUCCUACUCAUAGAUUGGUUGUUCAUGACCUAAAAGGAGCUUGGACAAAAACAAACCGGGAUGUUGCGUUUGCUUUAUUUGACUCUUUUAUAAAAACCCAGCAGCUUAAAAAGAACCUUUCAACAGCUGCUCUGAAAGGAUUUCACCGAGAAUCUAAUGCAGUGCUUCAAACAAACAGGUCUGUAGAAAAUCAAACUCCUACUCAAGUAACAGCUUCUGCUACAACAUCAACAGCUGCUGCUAAAAGUCACCAACCUGAAGCAGCUGGAAUGCUUCAGAGACUUGUAGCUGAAGCGAGCAACAAGCCGAUAGCUUUUAGCGAUGAUUUAUCAUCGCAAACAAGAGGACAGCAAUUAAGGGGCCUUGCUGCGUGUAAUCAAGAUGAUGUUCUUCACAAAAACUGGCUGAUUGCUUUGGUGAACAGCCAGGUGCUUCUAAAAGGAAUUGAGACACGUGGAUACGUUAUUUUAUCCGCUGCUAAAGCGGAAAUAUUGCAGAGAGUUCAUCGGCCUGUUUGGCGAGAGCGGACCUUGGUGUCCAAAACAACCUGGGUCGGUUCUUUGGAGUGUAUGCAGUACUAUGCAACAGUAAGCGCUAAUAUUGAUGACAAUAUUGAUGACAAUAUCAUGUGGCUCACUGUUGAUAACAUCCAGGAGAAGGAUUCAACUGUUAUCUCCAGCUUUCCGGAUGUUCCAGCUCUUGUAGGGUCAGGACAGAGUGUAGGAGGUGUUGUUAGUCAGACAGUUGGAGGUGGUGGUGGUUUGCAGCAUCAGCUUCAACGGAUAGUCUCUAGGUGCAAGUGCGAGUUCUUCUAUGUGGGCUACAGCCAAGCGCUGGAUUCUGCUGAGCUUAAGGAAGUUCCACCGCCUCCUAGAGAAGAAAUCACUCCUUGGGAGCGGAAAGAUUUAUCAGCUGCUGAUGCGUUUACUUUGAUGCACUAUGAUCUGGAUGUUUGCACUAAUUCAUUGCAGUAUGCUAUGAUUUUAGACGUGGUUAAUAAUUUGCUCUUGUAUGUAGAGCCCAGGAGGAAAGAAGCUAUGGAGCGGCUCCAAAUUAUGCGGUUUCAACUUCAGUUGCACUCUGUUGAAGAUCAGAAGCGGCCCAUUCAGCAGCUGCAGAAUACAGUUCGUGGGUUGGUUGCUAAAUUAAGAAGACUUGAGAAGGAAACUUACUUGGUUCAAAAAGCACUUGCUGAAGAAUCGAACCCGAGUCUUGUGAGUGAAAUUGAGAGGCUCGAAGAGAGAGUCUUUGAGUGUAAAGAGCAACUGGGGGAUAAGGCUGAAGAACUUGAUGUUAUGUUGAGUUGUUAUAAAGAAACUACUGCGCCUACAGUGGUUUCUACUACGUUGAAGGAUAAGCCUGCUGCUGUUGCUAGGGCAGCUGAAAUUUGCUUCAAGCACGCUCAGUGGCGGCUGACGGAUGCUGAUGGACAGCUCGGGAUUGCUGAUCUGGUUCUUACUAAUUUUUUGUACACCAAAACGAGCAAAACAGACGACUCUGUUGAACAUCUUUUAGAGCUUGGGUAUGUUAGGAUGACUAAUUUGCUGCCUAAUCAAAUUUACAGCGAAGUUUUGACGCCUACUGAGCUUCAGAGUAACAUGCCGGUGGAGAGACAGAGAACUUUGAGGGUUUUUUGCAGGGAAAAAGCACCCGUUGCUGGAAUUUCAGUCAAAGAACAUUUUGAAAUUAAUGUUGCGCCUCUGACAAUUGGACUUACUAAAAAAUUCUUUAAUACUAUGCUUAAGUUUUGCUUUCCUGAAAGAGAUCCUGAUGCUAUUGAGGAACCCCAAGCUCCUCAAAGAGACUCUUCUUUUUAUGUUCCUAUGGAACGGAGAGAUGAUGUGGAAAAAAUGAAGGAGAGAGCUGACAAAAAUAAAUUGUUUAUUUAUAUUAAAAUUCCUGAAGUUCCUGUUAGGGUCUCUUACAAAGGCAACAAGGAAAAAAAUUUAGAGGAUGUAAGAGAUUUUGCGCUUGUUAUUCCGACUUUGGAGUAUCAUAAUGUUACCUGGACUUGGCUUGACUUACUGCUAGCGAUGAAAAAUGAUUCCAGACGAGUGAUUUUGAGUCAAGCUAUUAAACAAAAAUUGCAAAUUAAGCCGAAAGGCCCGCAAGAAGAAACUAUGCCGCAGGAGGAAGACAAAGCGAGACUUUUACUUGGUGCUAGGCAUCUUCCGGGAGAUGCUAAAAAAAAAAGUGUGUUUAAAUUUAAAUAA